AUGGAUGGCAUAUCCCAAAACGAUCCCCCUGUUUCUGAGCAAACCCAACGUGCGAACAAACGUCCCAUCAAAGAGCCUACUACCAAGGGCAAGAAGGUUGCCAAGAAAGUGGAUAGGGCUAGUGAGAUGACGAUGGCUCUUCAAGAGUACAUUGUGUUGGCAAGAGAAAGGUUUUCCAACAAAAAGGGAAAGUCUAGCGCUAGCUUUGAACAUGUAGCACAAUCCACCAAUGGUGGCGAUCCUUGCUUGCUUGGGAGAGCUUUAGAAGUACUGAACCAGUAUGAAGAUCUUGAUGAUGAUACCUAUGUUAACAUCGCUAAGUAUGAUUUUGACGAUGCUUAUUUUGACUCCGACAAUGAUGACAUGGACAUUGGUGGAUGUGGUGAUGACAUGAACAUUGGUGGAUGUGAUGAUGACAUGGAUAAUGGUUUCAAUUGUGAUGACAUGGAUAUCAGUGACUAUGAUGAUGACAUGACCAUUGGUGCAAACACAAACUCAGAGUAUGACAGUGAUGAGGAAGAGUUUUGGUUUGUAUUUCCAAUUAUUGGCAAGAUGAUGGCAUAUUUCCAGCGGCAUUAUGACUAG